AUGGCCAAUCGUCAUCGCAAUCAAGCAACCCCACCCCGAUCGGCAUCCAGCAGCCCGUCUACUACAUCGAGCCGAUCCCCGAUCCAUACUCUGUGUCCGGUCCGCACCCAUCAUAUCAGCCACACCAAAGAACCGAAUCGAGGCCGGUGCUGACGUCCAGGCUUCCUGCGCAUCCUCCUCAACGCCGUACUGCUGUACAGUCUACGUCGCCUCCUGCCUAUAUAGGCACGAACGUCGGCGAAGGCCCGUUCGUGUUCGGUGGUGCGUCUCAAGCCCACCCUGAGUUUACCGCAAUCUCGAGGCCUUCGUCGACCUCCGUGUCGUCUUGGACGUCGGCCGCACCAGUGACAACUCAAGCUGCUGCGGGACCGUCGAUUACAACCUCUGCUGCUGUGCGAUCUGCUCGAAACAAACCUGCGAAACCCACGUCAUCAAGGAAGCCAGCUAAGCGCCCCAGGAUGGCAGCAAGCGAUGCCGAGAGUGACUAUGGCGACGAUCCGACUGUGCCGUCUGCGACCAAAGGUCAACAACGACUGCCGGGCGCCUGCAUUAACUGUAAGAAAGUCAAGAUGAAAUGCCGUUUCCCUCCUGGCGUGAACACUUGCGAGAAAUGCCAGUCGAUGAACAAAGAAUGUAUUGUCGAAGGCAGAAAGCCGAGGACUGGCCCCAAUAAGAAAGAGUAUUUUCAAGCCCAAUUACGCGAGAAAGACAAGGUCAUCGAUACUCUUCUGAAGCAAGUGCGUGGACCGGCGUCUCCGAGCCGAGUUCGCGCUUACCUGGACAACCAGCUGCAUAAUCCCUACCGCGCGACGCCGCUUGCUGUGGCAGAGUAUAGAGAGCGCACAGCCCCACGCGACCGUUCCAACUCCGAAGUUCUGUCGUGGCUGCGCCGGCUUCAGGAGAGUUUCCAGCAACCGUUCCCUUCCCAAUCAAGCCCGCAACAGCACUCUCGCAACCCCGCUGGGGCGGAAGGGCAGACCAUCAGCUCCCCUCUUUCAGAUUCAAACACACUGGAACCAGACAUCCAGACGCUGCCUGAUUCGGCGGUGCCGAUCGGGUUGUUUGCUGACUUGUCUCUGCAUAACAAGGCCAAGCGUCCCGAACAUGUGCCAUUACCACCAAGUCCAGCCGACAAUGACGAAGACACUGUCGGCAUUGCCAACAAGGAUUAUUUCGAACCCGGACCCGUCCAUGAUAUGAAUGCGCGGAAGAAGUUGAUAGAGCAAGAUGGGCUACCUGACUUGUUGGUUCACGGCGUCGUUACCCACGAGGAUGUGCAAGAAAUAUUCAAAGUAUAUCAUACUCGGAUUAAUUCAUGGGUGCCACUUUUAGAUCCUGUCAUACACACACCUGAUGCUACGUUCACCCGCUCCCCGUUCCUCUUCUCCGUCAUUUGUGCGGUCACAUGCCGUUAUAUCCCAAGGCUUUCCUCGCGUUACCCGCUCGCGAUGCAUUUUGCAAAGAACGAAGCUGCGAAUGCGCUCCUUUACGGGUUCAAAUCUGUUGAGUUGGCACAAGCUUUCCUCAUAAUGGCCCUCUAUUCUACGCCGGCGAAGCGAUGGGAGGAGGAUCGAGGAUGGCUAUAUGCUGGACUUGCUAUCGGCAUAGCGGUUGACAUUGGUUUACAUUGGACAAAAGAAACCCCCGUGCUGAAAAGCGAAGCGCAAGAUCGAGAGUUUCUGAAUCGAUGCCGCCUGUGGAUGAUCUGCUUUGACGCAGACCGCGCGAUGUCCGUUCACUGGGGCAAACCGUCGACAAUACGGGAUAAUCAUAUCAUCAGGAGUUCCGUCAACUUUUACGCCAGGUCGAAGUCAAACCUACCAAGCGACAUCACGUUAUGCGCGUACAACAUGAUGUUACGAUUGCUCGCGGAGUUCCAGGAAGAGAUAUACUCGGACCCCACGUCUCCAAGUGGCCUCGACAAGACACUUCCUUUCAGGGAGAUCGCCCUGAGGUUCGACGUUAGGCUCACUGAACUGUACGAAGAGUGGCAACAAAAGUUCACGCAGAACCGGAAGCGGUACGCCGAAGUUGCAGCCGACUUGUAUGACUUUCGUUGCGCGUUGUGGCCAUACUGUAUGGAAUAUUCGCGCCUCAUCGUGCUGUCCUUCGCUAUCCAGCAAGCAUUCGAGCGUGGCCUGCAGCCGGAGGAUGACGAACUGUUUAUCAAGUCCUACAAGGCGGCCAAGGCUGUUGUCACUACUAUGACAGAUAGCAUCGUCCCGUCUGCAUACAUACGGUAUGCACCAGAUGGCUGGUUCAACUACGCAUCCUUCGCGUCGGCAUUCUUGCUCAAACUGUUGAGGCCGGAGUUGUCUGAACGAGGAAUAUUGACGGAAGAGCAGGUGUUGGAGAUCUUCGAUAUGAUAGACAGCCUCAUACGGGAUUUCACGUCGGACAAAGUCGCGGUUGAUGAUCGUCACACGCCCAGGGUGUACGGCCGCUUCCUGACCGAGCUUGUCGCCAAGCAUCGUAAAGAGAGGGGAUUGCCAUCCAGGCAACCUUCCGAGAGACCUUCUACUUCGGAAUCGUCAUCUCAAGGACCACCCACCGAGUUCAUGCACGUCUUCUCCCUUCAGCCGACGUCAGGAGCUCAAGUGGCCUAUCAACCGCCGGCUCAGGAGGCCUAUCUGGAAACUCCAGCGGAUUAUCAGUCUUAUGUCCAGAUUCCGGAAACCAACUUUCCUAUUUUCGAGAAUUACGCGCCCAUGGAUUUCGCACCUUCCGAGCCACCUAGUCUAAGGAUGCAAGCCAUGAGCAGCCCGACGAUGCUCCUUCCAGGAUUCGGUUGGUCUGAUGAACCCCGUUUCCCGACAGCCAUGGAAGACCAGGAAGGCACCGAGUCGCACUGGCAAUAGUGUUGAUAUAACCGCAAUUUUCUGUUUUGAUGUUCAUCUGCCGCUUCAGAUGAUGGCGUGUACUGCGA